UAUGACUUUCGCCUCGGCCACUGUUGAUGACGCGGCUGCUGGAGGUUCGGCGUGAUGGCGGCGGUAGAGACGAAGAUCAACCUGGAGGACUGCUCCUUCCUGCCUGUUGUUCACGACAUUAUUAAAUGCAUGGAUAAAGACAGUCAAGAGGUGCACCAAGAGCUCAAUAAACUCAAGACCAAGCUGCAGGAUACCAGAGAAGUAGUUUCAUCAAUGCCUGGGAUUGAUGUUAGCCCUGAGCAGCAGCAGCAGCAACUUCAAAACUUACGUGAUCAGGUUCGCACCAAGAAUGAACUUUUACAGAAGUACAGGAGCCUUUGCAUGUUUGACAUCCCCAAAGCAUAGGAAGUAGCUGAGCUGCAGCAAGAAGCGAAAAGAUUUAUUCUGGAUGUGUUUUUUAUUUAUCUCCUGAGUUGGUUACUACACAAAUCCAGCAUACUUUGAGUUACAAGCAUAAUGCUGGACUUUGCAAACGGUGAAUUGGUCUUUGUAAAAGUAUUAUAUCAAAUUUAAAACAACAUCUGCUAUGUCUGUAUUGGUACACAUUGCACACAAUUGCUUUAUGUAAGCUUCAUGGAUAAUUUUGUAUGUGAAGGUACAUGGUGCAUUAGUGAUCUGCUAUAGUUUGGGUCAGAACAGGAUGUUAAUUCAGAUAUGUCAUUUAAAAGCCAAGAAAUCGUGAAAGGCCUUGUCGUACUAUCAUUGGACAUUUUACAUUUGUUGCUUGUAUUUCAGUUCUUACAGAUUUUCCCUCCAGAAGUAACACAGAAAACCUAUUUUUAGUUUUAAGCUUUGAGUAUGUUUGCUGUUGUAAAAUAUGUUUGUCAUUCAAAAUUGCUAAAGGCGAUCGUCAAGCCAGUUGGGGGUAGGAUAAGGAGGGAGGUUUGUGUUUUCAGAAAAUGGUCAGUUUCCUGCAAUGUGAGUUUGUAUCUUGUGUACGUGCCAAGAAAUGCACAUUAAAAGUAAAUUGUUUAUUUAUUUUCUUCAUUCACAUCAAUUCUGUGAGAGCAAUGUUUAUUCAGUAUCUCAAGUUUUUGCUGUAAUUUGUGAAUUCUGUCAGGGCAAAUUUCUGCUAUCUUAACAGUCAUAACACGGGUUGCCUCUGCAGAAUAUUAGGUCAAACCAAGUAACAAAUAUUGAAGAAGUUUGAAUCUGUAAAUAUGUAAGCUAAAAUUUGUUCUAAAUGAUCUGUAUUACUGUUUAUUUGGUAAAGACUUGUCAUGUGAUAUCCAAUAGAAAGCAACAAUGCUGGUAGUUAUGGGAUUUAUAAGUGAUAGUGAAAAAUAUCAUAGUAAAAUCUAGUGAAAAUAAAUGGGCAAUACUUGUAAUGCUUCACUUCAUUAUUAAACAGUCCUGCUCAUUUGAGCCUUGUUGAUAGGAUAUUUGUCCUUCAAGUUAUUGAGUGGAUGUAAUCAGAAUCAGCUUUAAUAUCCCUGGCAUAUUUUGUGAAAUUUGUUAAUUUUAUGGCAGCAGAGCAAUGAAAUAUAUGAUAAAUAUAGAGGGGAGAAACUGA